AUGGCAGCCUGCCCCCUAUCCUGCCUCCUCCUCUCCUUCCUCCUGACGAGGUCCAGCCUGGCCCAGGACCUCACUGGCUCCACCACCAUUGACACGGACGCCAUCCAAACCCAGACAGCCAAUCAGACAGCUCCGAUGACCCCCACCACAGCGGAGCCCGUCACCAUGCUAGUAACCACAGAGUUCGGUGGCGUGUCGACACCUAGUGGUGACAUCGCGGACGAUGAGGACGUCAUCCCGACCAAAGGCACCCUUUGCCAAGGUUACUACGACGUAAUGGGCCAGUGGGACCCACCUUUCAACUGCAACAUGGGCGUUUUCCUGUACUGCUGCGGCACCUGCUUCUACCGCUUCUGCUGCCAGUUCAGAGGGCAGCGCCUCGACCAGAGCAUCUGUUCAAACUAUGACACGCCCAUCUGGGCCAACACAGGCAAGCCCAUCACCACGGUGACCGAGGACCACAGUGACCAGGAGAGGGAUCGAACCCACAUGAUCGUCUAUAUCAUCUGUGGGGGGGUGGCCAUCAUGGUGCUGAUGGGCAUCUUCACCAAGCUGGGCCUGGAGAAGAUCAGGGGAUCAGCAAGGGCACAGAACGACGUCAGCAACGCCAGGACCAUAACAGAGCUUAUGAAGCAACCCGGAGGAGAGGUGGGCUCAGUGGAAAGUACAAUCACCAACCCCCCUAUCGGAACCAACGGCAUCUCAGCUAGGAUGCUACGCAGCCGCAGCGAGCACUACCACCUGAACAAUUCAGCCUUCUAUCCAGGAAUGCCUCACCCCCACAGCAACCUCAGUGGACUGGGCCUCAACAAGUACACCUCCCUCAGGGCUGUGGCGGACACUGCCUCUGGGGGCUACUAUAAGAGCUACCCUUUGAUGGACUUCUCCCAGUACCAGGCAGGACCUUCAGCCUUCCAGCCCAUCUCCCUGCACCCCAAAGACAAGUCCUACCUACACCAAGACCACCACCAGCUCUCCUCCCAGCACAACCUCCACGCCCCCCUCUCCAUCUCCAUCCCCCAGAGCCACCUGGAGAGGUCCUGUUUGCCCAAGACCACCAGCCACCCCCUGUUCGCCAGCUCAGCCUUCAAAGCCUGUGACACCAGUGGACGCCACGUCCAGAGGCAGACCUCCCACCCUGGGCACAUCUCGGCCCACCGGCAUGCCUACUCCACCAGGAGACAGCACAGUGUAGAGAAUUUCCCGGAGCUGUUCAACCACCCUGUGCCGUACAGCCACCCAUCCUCCUACCACCACACCAGGCAUAAGAGCUACUCCACCAACAGCAAGACGGAGGUCACUGUCUGA